CGUAAAGCUACCUACGCGUCCCUUCUCCAGCGGGGCUCCAUCAGCCUCGGUUCCCACUGCCACUUUAUCCACUCCAGCCCAGGCAGGACCUCGGACCCACCGCACCAACUUGCGGGUCGGGGUUUUGCAGUCCAGUCGGUGCCGUUUUCGGAAGCUGUGUGGCCAGCAACAAGCCCCGCGGCCAUCCCUCAGAAGGAAGCCGUAGCAGCUUUGACAGCGCUGACAACCGGAGGUGUGCGGCUUGGAUCGUGCUUCGCCGGCGACGCGGAGGCACCUGAGCGCUAGCGCGGAAGGAAGCGGACAGCGCAUGCGCGGCGCGUAGUACACCUGCCGACAUAGACUUCGAGAAACCUGUCUUCAGAGUUUUGCCUGUGACCAGCGAGCGGUAGGACCCCACGGGUUGUUCGGUUGCAGUGAUGGUGCCCAACGCGGCGCUGUAGACUGUAAUGGCAGGUUGACCCCCGGCAGGUGGAAAGGCAAAGGGUUUGGGAAGGAGGAAGCGCCAUUUGAGAUUUUAGGGCCGUAUGCCGGGGCCUGGGCCGGGGUGAUAACUGACCGAGUUUUGGGGAGGUCAUUGCUUGCGAAUUACCGUUCGGUAAUAGUUGCUUCUGUGCGCUAACUUAGAAUAAUGGAGCCUAUGCUGAUUGUGUUUAUAUGUUCUCAGUUUGCUUGGGGUAUUGUUGCGUUCGUACUUGUGGGCCUGUACUUCCGGGCGGUCAGGAACUGUAGCAUUUCAAGAUUUGGAGGAAGCCCACUAGGCCAGAUUUUAGGUGAAUUGAUUUACUAUUGCAACAAUGUAUGGCCUACGUAUGUUUUAGAUGGUGGGGAAAAAUGGCCCGUAAAUGGUUCCUUAAAUUACCGUACCAUUAUGCAGUUGAACCUGUAUUGUCAAAAGUUAGGCAAAUGGAGCGAGAUCCCUUAUGUUAGGGCAUUUCUUUCGUUGCAUAAUAAGGUUUCAUCAAGAGCAGGGAACCGUUUGCUGUUGCAGAGGAAGGAAGAGGCCUCCAAACACCUCUCUGAUCAUAAGACAAAGGAAAGAUUUAAUGUCCGGAAGCCAGAAGCCAGGAGAUCGGUAGGAGGAAGAUCUCUUCCCUGGUGUCCCAUAAGGCUCGGCUGGCGCCUCUCCGCUACAGCGACAGAGUUCCAGGAGGACAACAUGGCGGGAGCAGCAGAUGGCCGUGACUCCAGCUACCGAAUGGUGUUAGAUCAGCAGGGUGAAGACAGGGGCAUUUACAGUUCUCCCUUCUUUAAUGAAGGUUUGCAGGCCAGGAGUGCUGACAGGCUUCUAGCGGGCAGUCGUAGUAGUGACAGAGUCAGGGAGCCCGUGCGAGAUGCCAUUGCUGUCGAACCACCGGAAGAGAAGGGUGGUGCCACCAACAAAAAGGCAUUUGCCAGAGUAUUAGGCCUUAGUCACAAAAACAAAGAUGAAAUGGAUGCUGCCGUUGCUUUGAGUCUGCUGAAUUCCUCCAAAUGUCAAGCCGGGGGAAAGACUCUUAAUAGAAAGCACGAGGCUAUGCCUGCAGAAGCUAAACGCUCAAAGAGAAGGCACUUAGAAAUCUGGGGGGAAAACCGCAAUCCCGGUGAUUGGAAGCGAGUUGAUGGCUGGCCAGUUGGACUGAAAAAUGUUGGUAAUACGUGUUGGUUCAGUGCUGUUAUCCAGUCUCUCUUCCAGCUGCCCGAGCUCCGAAGACUCGUCCUCAGCUACACCGUGCCGCAGAACGCGCUCGAGAACUGCACCGACGAGAAGGAGAAGAGGAAUGCGGUGUUCAUGCAGGAGCUCCAGCGUUUGUUUGCUCUCAUGAUGGGAUCGAAUCGCAAGUUUGUGGACCCUUCCUCAGCCUUGAACGUCUUGAAGGGAGCGUUCCAGGCAGUGGAGGAGGAGCAGCAGCAAGACGUGAGUGAGUUUACCCACAAGCUCCUGGACUGGCUGGAGGACGCCUUCCAGCAGGAGGUCGAUGCCAACAGCAACCCCGAAAACCCAAUGGUGCGGCUGUUCUACGGCACCGUCCUCACUGAAGGGGUCCGUGAAGGAAAGCCGUUUUCCAUCAGUGAGACCUUUGGCCUGUAUCCCCUUCAGGUAAACGGCUAUUGCAACUUGGAGGAGUGUUUGGAUGGGGCUGUGGUAGAAGGAGACGCUGAGCUGCUCCCUUCCAAUCAGCCGGUGGAGAACGGACAGGAGAGCUGGUUCACAAAACUGCCUCCAGUGCUGACUUUUGAGCUCUCAAGAUUCGAGUUCAACCAGUCCCUCGGUCAGCCCGAGAAGAUUCACAACAAGCUGGAAUUUUCUGAUGUUAUUUAUAUGGACAAAUACAUGUACAAAAAUAAAGAUCUUGUCCGAAGCAAGAGAGAGUGCGUUCGGAAGCUGAAGGAGGAGAUAGAAGUCCUACAGCAGAAGGUGGAAAAAUAUGUGAAGCACGACUCGGACCCUGCUCAGGUCCCACUCCUGGACGGGACAUCCCAAAGUGACAGCAGCGUGACAUCACCGCCCUCUUCAGGGACAGGUGAAGGAAGCUCUUCUCCGGAUGCUGCAAGUACUUUUUCUGAAGAUCCUCUUUGCAAGUCUCCCGCGAAGAAUAAGCCCCUGACAUCUUCCCAGUCUCCUGGGGAAGUGCCUGCAAAACCGUUGCCUCGUGCCGUCACAGGUGAGACGAACCUCAAGACCUGUCUUCAGAAGCCGAGCAGUGACACUGAGCAAGACAUACAGGAUGUGAAGAAUUUUAUUGCCAACACUACCCAGGAUAUUGAGCAGAUGUACUGUGAUCCUCUGCUCAGUCAGGUGCCUUAUCGCCUGCAUGCAGUUCUCGUUCACGAAGGACAAGCAGAUGCUGGACACUAUUGGGUCUACAUCUAUAAUCAGUCCAGACAAGUCUGGCUCAAGUACAAUGACAUCUUCGUUACUGAAUCUUGCUGGGAAGAACUACAAAGCGAUUCCUACGGAGGCUCGAGAAAUGCCAGCGCCUACUGCCUGAUGUACGUUGAGGACCGGGCACCCCACUCUGAUGCAGAGGCGGCCCCAAGUGAGUCAGAGGAGAGGCUAGGAGAGUUAGAAGCUUUAUCUGAUGAACUUAAGCAUUACAUUCAGGAAGAUAACUGGAGAUUUGAACAGGAAAUAGAGGAGUGGGAAGAAGAGCAGGCUAGGAGGAUUUCUCAAAUGGAGCUCUCUGCCAGUUCGGCUUCGCAGGAUUUCCCUACAUCACAGCAGCCUUCAGGAGCCUCUUACGGGGUUCGCAGCUUGCCGCCCGGGCAUGCUGCGAUGGUCAUGGAGCAGCCUUCCCAGGCCACUGCAAACACAACACAAUACAGCAAGGUUGCCGACUGGUUCAGCAAUGCCAUCCUUCGGACACCACGCACACUGUUUUCCAGGGGUGACCACCUGCCCUGGACUUUGCAAGAUCUUCUCCGUCGUAUAAAGGCUUCCUUCCACUCGAGACCCCCCUUUGUUAGGGAUUUCUGGACCAAGUGGUAGGUAGGACUACGACCUUGACAAGCAGGAAGUAGUUACAGAAGAAUGAGACCGUCGUCCAUUUCCCCUUGUAAGAGUACAAGUGUCCAGAUAUUAGAUGGGGGGCAGAUUGUAACAGGACCCCUCCCCUGUGCAGUGGAGGAGGGGUUGAGAAGUACUGAGAAGUGUGCAUGUGUAUGUUACCCCGGCAACCAAAAUAGAGAUGUAUAUAACUCAGUAGAAAAACAUGUAGGACUAGUGCUUACAGCUAGGGUAGUCGUUAGAUGGAAGAGCCGCACUCUCUCAUCUACUUAAUCUGUGUAGGGUAUUAAGGGGGUCGUCUUUAAAUGUAGAGCAUGCAGAAACUGAGCUUUGUUCUCCCCGACCCUGGCUGGCUGGACGGCUACCAGGUGCUCAGGUUCCCUGGGAGUGGGGGGAGGUGCUGUGUGGUGCAAGAGUGUUCCCCACACCCCUCCCCCACACGAGUAGCUGCAGCAGCUGCCUGUGUGGUGGUCUUGGGGAGGGAGGGUCAGUCAGCAGCAGGUCCCACCGUCGCUGCUGCUCUGCCCAUUCCAGCCUGCGAAGGGCUGGGACCCACCACACCAGUGUGUGGGACAGGGCUUAGCAGGCUGGUGGGUGCUGUUCUGGGGAGUGGCAUGGGCAGGCGACAAGCCCCAUGCCCUUCCCCCACUCGGACGCUGCAGCAGCACUGCUGACCGGAGCUGCGCCGCAGGGGUCCUGCCCGGCCAGACACACCAGCGCACCGGAGGGCAGCAGUGGAGGAGGAGGACAGUGCUCCACCAGUGGGACACCCGGACUCAGACUCCCAAGGAGGCCCACGACCAGACUGGCUGGAAACCAACUGAGCCGCCUGCACUUCUUAAAGAACAGUGCCCUUCGGUGGACGAAGAGGUCCUGGGCAAACGUGGACUGAGCUGGCAGAAGGUGGUGGCAGGGUGUUUUUUGGGGGAGGAUGUUUUAGAGGGAAAGGGCUUUGGGGCAUAUACCUGCUAUUAUUUUAUGCUGUGUGUAUCUUAAAUAAAAUUCCUUUGCUUUCCGCUAAA